AUGAUGGAGAUGGAGUUCGACGAGGAGCACCUUCUCCGAUUGCCGUCGACGGUGAUUAGAAGGAUUCUCACAAGUCUAAGACAACCUGAAAUUGACUCGUUCACGAAAGCAUUUCCAUUCUAUCAAAGUGUUUGCGAUCUUGAGCUCAAAACGAUGGAGACCCAAUUUGAGAGGCGGAAGUAUUUUAAAUGGAAUCGAUGUUUACACUCGACAAGUAUUGAGGGCAACAGCGAAGAAUUGGUAGCUGAUCGAGUAGCCGGAGCCAUUGCUUAUCACCCUCCAGAUAAGGCGAUCUACUUGUUUGGCGGCGAGCCGCUGCUGGCAGAUCCGGGCAUAUGGCCGGAGACGCGAAGAAGGGGAGCCGUGUUCAACGACAUUUGGAAAUUCGACUUGACGACGCUCAAAUGGUCGAGAGUCAUUGUGCCAUCGCCGCCGUACCCAGAAGCCCGAUGCAACGCUUCAUUGAUUUCGUGGAACGAUGAGCUCGUUCUAUACGGAGGAUCGCAGUAUGGAUACGAUGGAGCGGUGCCAAUAUUUAACGACGUGUUUGUCUACAAUCCGAAAGCGAAUACAUGGAGAGAGAUGAGAACCGAGAAUCCGGGACCGAAACGAUGUGGACACUCGGUUGUUAUCUCUGGCGACUAUAUGAUUCUCUAUGGCGGAAACCGGGUACCAACGUAUGAUAAUCAACCACUUUCCACUUCGGAUCUCUUUCUUCUAAAUUUGGUGACUGAAAAAUGGUUCAACGUCAAAUUGCAUCAGAAUCGCACAUUUUACGGAAGCAUUGAUGAUUAUGAUAAAUUGAGCAAUCCACGCGAACAGUAUUUUCCAAAUUUGCAUCAGGCAAAAUCGAAAUUAGUGAAAAUUAGGGAUGGUCUUCUCCUGAUUGUUGGAGAAAUGAUGCGAGAUGAAUACGGAAGUGCGCUGGUCAUUUCAUAUGCCUAUCCGGAAUUUGCACGAUUCAAAUGGAAACGAGUUGAAAAUAUUGGUCGUUGGUGGAAUAUGAAGAAGAAUUCGAGAAGAAUGGAAAUCGAUAAUACCUGUCCGAAUAGAAACUUCUGGCAGACGGCGGUGAUCCAAAAUGAAAACACAAUUCGAUUAGUUUCAUUGGGAAAAUUGCGCAGCUCAUUGAUAACCAAAAAUGAAUUAACUUUGCGCUAUGAUUUAGUCAAAAAACGAUGCAUCAAAUUCAUCGAUGCGAUGCGGUCUCAGCUUGAGAGAGGCCUUCAAGAACGAAUUGCCGCCAUCGAAGAUUUUGAAAGAGAAUUUGAUCGAGAUUUAUCAAUUGAAUGCGAGGGAAUCGCAUGCAAACUAACAAAUGUGUUCGCCGAUCAACAGCAGAUUCGAAGUGUUGUUGGAACCAAACUGAAAGUGCCGACGAUGAAUGGAUUCCGAAUGGAUGUCGCAAGUGAAGAGGGCAUCCAAUGGGAAGGUGCCGAACUCGAUGAUAUUGACAUUUAUGAGUUGAAACAGCUCAUACGGGAGAUGGUCCAGCAAUUACAUAACCGGUUCUAUCCAACAAAUGUUGAUAACCCAUGUUCAUAUUUGUCAGUCGCAAAUCGUGCGCUUCGUAGAAUGGCCGUUUACACUGCUGAAAUCAAGACCGAUGUUACUUUCGAGCAAUUCCCUAAAAUCGAAUGGGUCGCGCAGCCAAUACAGUAUCGAGCGGCUCCUGACACGGAAAUGUACUCGCUAACCGGAGCUCAUCACGAAGUUGUGAUGCAUGGUGGACGUGUGUAUUGCAACGAAGUGUUCAGCCAUAUGGGAUACACAUAUCUUCUUACUGGCACAUCAAAUAUUACUCAGCCAAGGCCUCGAAUCUGGGAAUAUGGUAAGAAAAUGAGGUCGUUGGAUCAAAUUCGAAUGACGAAAUUAGUGUCAUUCGGCACCUCCGCGUUGGGAAUUUGCUCAAUACCGGAUGAAUUGAGAGCGGAAUUCAAAAAAUUUCGAUUCUCGAAAUCGACAUGCAUGAACGCAUUGAUUUUGAAAAUAUCGAGAGAGCAACAUGAAUUGAGCAUUGAGGAAAGAAUGGAGGACUGCAAUUUGGCCGAAGUGAGGGACGAGUUGCCAUCUCAGCAACCGCGAUUUGUUCUCCUCAGUUGGUGCAAAAAGCACGACGACAAUCGUAGCUCGUAUCCUCUUUCUUUGAUCUACUUUUGUCCAACAGGAAGCAGCCCCGAGCUUCAAAUGAUGUAUGCUGGAAGUCGCAAUUUCAUUGUGAAUGAGUUCCAGCUCACCAAGAAUCUCGAAAUACGCGACAUUGACGAACUUGAUGAAGAUCUUCUCGAUUCGAAAUUCUAA